AUGGCGAACGAUGAACUUGCUACUAAAAUAGCGAAUAUUAUCGCCUCUCUCGUUCUCGGUGAUGUGAAUCAACAGAGCAAGGCUUGUACUGAUAUAGUAUCGUUGAUGGAAGCGAUACAAGCUCAAGAUCCAGACCUCGCCAAUUAUCUUGUAAAAAAUGUAGUCGAUCCCAAUCAACGUCUUCCCACUGGCGAGUAUCCUUCGCAUGUUGCCACUCAAUUGCGCACAAAUGCUUGUGCUAUGUUAAUCGCACUUCAAUCGAGUCAAAAAUAUCCACUAAAUCUAAAUGUACAAGAUAGUAAAGGUGAUACAAUACUACAUGUAGCUGCACGACUUAAUAAUCCAGAUGCUGUCAAUUUGCUCUUAAAAAGUAAUGCUGAUCCAAAUAUUCAAAACAUGGUAGGGGAUACACCCUUGCAUAUCGCUUGUAAGGUGAAAGCACCACAGAUUGCUAGGAAACUUCUUGCCGAUCGUCGAACCGAUCCUACAAAAAAAAAUAAGGAAGGAAAAGCUGCCAAUCAAGUUACGGAGCUUGCUGAAAUUUUAGUGGAGUUCAUGGAGCAUGGUCUAAAACGGGAAAAUGCACAAUGUGGAGUACUAGAAAUAUCACUUGCAUGGUCAAAUUACAACGAUCUGGAUCUACAUGUCAUUUGUCCUCAUAAUGAAGAAAUCAUGUUUAAUCAUAAGUUAUCUGCGUGUAAAGGAGGAUUGGAUGUUGAUAUGAACGCUGGUGGAGCGAAAUCAGAGCAACCAGUUGAACACAUAAGGUGGACAGAAAGUCCUCCAACUGGUGAAUAUAAAGUCUAUGUGAAUCAUUAUGCUAUGCAUACUAAUGUAAAUGAGACUACAUUUCUUGUUGUCAUUCAAAUCAAUAAGAAUAAGGUCUGGGAGUACCAAGGUAAGGUCAGUAGUGGACAAAAGAUGCUGGUUAAAACAUUUUCAUAUCCAUGGCGCUAG